AGCGCCCUCCCACAAGACGUUCCGCAGUCGCACAGUAUCAACGACAAUUUAUGAAGUUUAGAUCCGUUCUUUUUGCGGCAUUUCUACACAAAAAAUACUACAAAUCUUUCUCGCAGCCGUUUAAAUUCGAUUUAUUACGCAGCUUUUGAUGAACACCCGGCGAGCCUGAUAUCGGGGCCGGUCACAGAUUCGUAACAACAGCAACAACGUUUUAAUCUUCAAAUCCUCCCUAUAACACUUCGCCAGCUGGAGCCUUUGCGUAUAAUCGCCUGACAGCCCCCCUGGUACUUAACUUCCAAGUUCUGUCAUGGUCAUGGAGGCACCCCCGUCCCCCGAUAGCGUCGGCCGCGAACUUGUGAGGCAAUAUUAUACCCUCAUGAAUAAGGCACCAACUCAUCUUCACAGGUUUUACAAUAAUCAAUCUUCUUUCUUGCAUUGCGGUUUGGAUCCAUCAAACCCGGAAACGACCCCCGUAAUCGGCCAAAAACAAAUCCACCAAAAAAUCCAACAAUUAAAUUUUCGCGAUUGCCACGCGAAAAUUUCUCAAGUUGACUCUCAAGCGACCUUGGGAAAUGGCGUCGUCGUCCAAGUUACCGGCGAAUUAUCCAAUGCUGGUCAACCGAUGCGCCGUUUCACCCAAACUUUUGUCUUGGCGGCUCAGAGUCCUAAAAAAUAUUACGUUCAUAACGAUAUCUUUCGUUAUCAAGAUGAAAUUAUUUCUGAGGAGGAUUGCGAAACCGAGAACAGAUCUGAUGUUGAAGACGACAUCAAUCAAGAACGUCCCGCUUUAGUUGGGGAAAUGCCACCGAUCGCACAACAACCCAUUCCUUAUUACACACCACCGAGUGCCGCCCCAAUUCAAGGCGCGAUUCCGCAGGUGCCUCCUCAUCAUCAUACGCAACCCCCACCUCAUGUUAUGCCACCUCAACCAACUCCAGUUCCAACUGUUAAUGGAGCGAUUCAUCCUGAUGAUUUAAAUAAUGUUUUACCGCCUGCUCCAGUUGCGCAACAUGUAGCUUCAACUCAAUCAGCGCCUACCAUGGCACCACCUAUGGCGGCUUUAGCACCCCCAUCAAUGCCACCACAACCUCAAAUGACGGUUCCCGCGAUGUCUACAGUUGAUGAUCGACAACAACAACCAAUAACGAUUGAAGAAGGCGCGGGAGAUGGUCCCAUUGAGACUAUUUAUGGUGAUGAACCCACCGAGGCGAUUCCUGGAGAACCGGAAAUUGUGCCUGUUGAGCCUACAGUUGUCUCAAACGAACCUAAAACCUACGCUACUUUGCUUAAAUCGGGAAGUUGUAUUGGAAGUGGAACUGGAGGAGGUUAUGGAGGAGGAAACGUUUCACAACAACCAUCAAUUACACCGCCUCCUGCUCAAAGAAAUUUCGAUAGAGACAUUCAGAGUCAACAAAAUAUCCAAGGGGGGUUAACUUCCGGUCAACGUCCUAGUAUGAAUAGGGUUGUUAAUAACGUUAGGGGUGGAAAUCAACCGAGAGUACCAAGGCAAGAUUCUCGUGGAGGCCCUGGAAGGCAAAAUGAUGAUGUUGAUGAGCGCAGGCGAUCCCAAGGUAACAAUUAUAACGACACCAACCAAUUAUUUUUGGGAAAUUUACCCCACACUGCAACAGAAGAAGAUCUCAGAGAGAUUUUCUCCCAAUUUGGCCAUAUUGUUGAUUUACGUAUCCAUUCAAAACAAAGUAAAGGCGGUGUUAUGGGAGCUAGAAUCACCCCUAAUUAUGGAUUUAUAACUUAUGAGACUCAACAAGGCGUUAUGGAUUGUUUAGCUGCUAAACCGAUAUUUUUCCCAAAUAAUGAUAAAACCGGUACGAUGUUAAACGUCGAAGAAAAGAAAAUGAAAGAUCGUCAAUUUGGACCUGGAAAUGGACGCCAAGGUGGUCCAGAUAAUAAUGGCGGAGGUGGAAUUGGCGGUCCAAGGCCUAGAGAUAGAGAUAACGGAGGUGGACAAAGACGAGGAGCACCAGGAGGUGGUCCAAACAGAGGUGGAGGUCCCCCAACGGGUGGUCCAGGUGGUAAUCGUGGACCGAGCAACUUUAACAGAGGCAGCGGAAGUGGUGGUCCCCCAAAUCGAGGUCAAAAUAACGCGUACGGUCCUGGAAAUCGACGCUAGUAGUCGGCCCCCUAUUGAAGACCACAAUUAUCGCUAAAAGAGACCCUUCUCCUUCUUUUUACAUACCCAAUUUACCUACUACUAUUAUAUUAGAAAACCGAACGAACGUGCGGACGUUAAUUUAAUAAUAAAUAAUAAAAAAUGAAUAAAACGCGUGUUGGACGUG